CUUCGUUGUGUUAACAUGGCAGGCUUUGAACUCGCGCGCGCUGCCCUUCGAGAUGCAGAUUAUCACCUGUCGGUAUCCUUGUUCGAGGAGUGUCUAAAUACUAUGGAACCCAGUGCCGACAUAUAUCUCGACUACGCUGACGCUCUAGUGCAGUGCGGCCGGCUCUUGGAUUCGCUCGACGUCUACUCGUUGUGCUCUCGAUACACUUUGGUGUCCGCGGAUAGGUUAGGUCGGGUUGUGUCGACAUUCACCGAGAUGCUGCAAGCCACCGGGAUCCCCAGGGAAGACGGAGUGUGUGGGCUCGGGUGUGCGAUUUGCGAGAGUGUACUAGUCCAGCCGACAACUUUAGGCUGUGGCCACACGUUCUGUGCCGGGUGUGUGCUGAGGGAUACCUCGGGAGUGUGUCGCAAAUGUGGGGCCAAGGUGGGAUCAUCGUCCCUGGAGACCAAUGUGCUGGUCAAGAAGGUGGUGGAGAGAUGGUUCCACACGGAGGCCAAGGCGGCUCGCCUCAGGGAAGAAGGCAACAGGCUGUGUGUGUGCAACAAGUUCGAGGAGGCUAUCGCCAAAUAUAACGCCGCCUUACAACUCGUACCGAGUCACCUAGUGUACAGCAAUCGCAGUCAUACGUUGUACAGGCUCAACCGACCUCAAGCCGCCCUAGCUGACGCUGAGGCUGCCAUCAAACUUAGGCCUCAUUGGGUCAAGGGUCACUAUCGCCGAGGUGUUGUGAUGGCCGCCCUUGGACAACAUGAGGAGGCGUUUGUCUCGUUCGCCCUGUGUGUCGCCCUCGACCACAAUGGAGAAACAAUGAGAAACGAACUUACCGGGUCGCUGAAAAGGUUGUUAGUCCCUACAAGUAUGAGCGGAAGACGGUUAUGCGUCAAGAGUCGGUGGAACUCCCCGUACCUCUCCCCCUCGCAUUUCCUACCCCCCGUAAACACCAGCGACUGUGAAGACAACUCUAGUGGGGAGGACGAAUACCAGAUGCAAAAGAAGACCAUUCCAAAAGUACAAGCAAAUAGGAGAUUACAUAAAAUCUUUGAUAGGAUAUUCCAAGAAGUUAAUAGGUUAAAAAAGCAGGAACGAAGACCAGUAGUGUUGCAGAUUGACAAGAACGCUGUAGAUCCUUCAGACUUUGACUGUAUCCUGUGUUGCCGAGCUCUGUGGCGUCCUGUCACCACGCCGUGUGGUCACUCCUACUGUGCCAUGUGUCUGGAACGCUGUAUGGACUACAGUACUGCCUGCCCUCUCUGUAUGACCUCCCUUAGCAAUUUUGUUGGUGUGAACUCCAAGAAUGUAACGAGAUGGCUGGAAGAAGCACUGAUGGCAGGUCUACCUGAGGUCUAUGCUUCACGGUUGCUUUCACAUCGGCAAGAGUUGGACGAGCAAGAACGAUCACCCGAGGUGCCUGUGUUUGUGUGUACGACCGCCUUCCCUACAGUGCCAUGUCCGCUGUUCAUUUACGAGCCCCGCUAUAGAGGGAUGAUACGACGGUGUGUCGAGUCCGGCACAAGACAGUUUGCAAUCUCCGCCUGCGUACAACUGGGGAAAAACAAAAAAACUUUUGCAGACUAUGGUACGAUGUUGACGAUCGAGGACUGGGUGUUGCUGCCUGAUGGUUGUUCUAUUCUCACAACUGUUGGCACGCGGAGAUUCCAAGUCGUCUCCCGAGGAGAGAAGGACGGCUACGACACAGCCCAGAUAAGGUUCCUAGCUGACACUCCGAUUAGCCAACAACAUAUCAAAGAUAUGGAGGUUCUUCACUCACGAGUGCUGGCCAAGGGUCGGCGGUGGUUCAGCAAGAUGCCACGAGCUCUACAGGAAGAGAUCUACCGAACGUUCGGAGAGAUGCCGGAGGUGGAAUGUGAUUGGUCAACACUGGACGACGGCCCUGCCUGGCUGUGGUGGUUACUGGCAAUCCUUCCACUCAGCAAAAGUCUGCAGAUUGCAAUCCUGAGCAUCACCAGUCUGGGUAAGAGAUUGAAGGCUGUUGAGAAGACGCUGGACCAUCUAGCCACCAACUCCGAGGCAACUCCUCUCGUAGCCUCUGCUAAGGUUGCUCCUCCUAAUGCUCCUGCCUCCGCACAGGCCUCAUGAUCCUGACAAUUCUCGCUCGCAUCUUUGUAUACGUAUCUUAGCUUUCCAAAGACUAGUAUACACUCUGUCAGUUGGGUUGCUGCAUAGUAAAGUAAUACAGUAAAAGAUCUGUAAAUUACAGCUACUGUAAGAAGUUUUAUAAAAAUUAUUGAGAAUUAAGGAAGAACAUGAACAAGUAGCAUACAUGAUCACAUGAAUUUUGCUGAAUUGUUACAUUAUGAAUGCUGCAACACAACUGUACUGGUUUUUAUUUUAUUUGUACUGCGAUGUAUAUAGAUUUGAUAUGAUGGCUGUAUGUUAUUUAUUGUGAUGUUGACGUCUCGGCACAAUAUAAUUAUAGGUUAUGAGUCAUUUUUAUAGCCAUGUUUAAGUUGAAGCGAUGAACAAUUCCAUUCAGUUAACGAAUCCAUUUUCAAAUCACUACAUUUACAAAAUUUGUACUAAUGAGAAUUUUUAUUGUAAAUAUAUUUAUUUUUUUCUGAAUUUGAUAUUAUUUAAGUUUUUAUAGAAAAUAUUUUGGUAAUCAGACUCGGGAUUUUAUUUUCUACAAAAUGUAGUGAUUUGAAGGUUGAAAUAGUGAAUAAUUUAAUUUAUAUUAUUUAUUUAUUUUAUUUAACUGCUGACUUUAUGUUAAAUUAUUUUUUCUGCCUUUUAUCUUUAUUUUAUUUUCUUUUUUCUUCAAUCUUGUUUUGGACAACUAAGAUUUCAAAACAAAGAAUGCACAAAUUUGCAUCUUGUAAUCUCAAAUAUAGUGGAAUAUUUUAGAUUAUAGAUAGAAUUGAUUAUUUAUAAGACUAAUUUUUUAUUGUUCCAAGUUUUGGAACAAUAAUACUCGGAUCUGCUGGAAGCUAUUUUUUCUUAGUUUUAAGUUUCUUUGUAGUGUAGGAAAAUAAUCAAAACUAAGCCUAAUUAAUUAGGUAUAAAAAUGUUUAGACUGUUUUAUUAAUACUAUUGAACACUAAAAACUAGUUUUAGUUAAUAAAAAAAUUAUAAAAACCAAAAAGUCUAAAUGCCAAGGAAGAAAAUGGGCCUUCUGGAUAGAAUUAAUUUAAUUCCUUGGCAACUAAAAUCCAAGUUUCCACAGUCAUGUAAUGUGGUGCUAUUUUUGUUAUAAUAUUACGUUCCAAGCUAAACAUACUUAUUGUUAUAUUUAACUGUUAAAUAUUGUUUGGUUUCUGUAAUUUAUAAAUAUUCAUUAAAAUGAUAUUUUGUGUGAUGUAUAGUGUGUUUAGUUUUAUUGCUAAUUAUUGACUUUGUAAAGGGCCUUCUGGAUAAUUUAACCGCUGGUUUUGUUGUUUAAUGUUUUCCCGGGCCUCAUUGAAUAGCUUAAACAACAAAACCAAUCGGUAUUUACGCUAGGUGUUUAUUUAUGUUGGUAUAUAGGCUAUUUAGUAUUUUGUAUGAAGUUAUGUGUUUCUAUAGGAUGAUCAGGGCUUAUUUAAUAAGUAGCAUCUCUUUUAGUUUUAGAAGUUAGCGUGGUCAACAAAGAGGUUUGUUGUCUUUUUAUCCAUCAAUAUAUUAGAAACGUCUCGCUGUGUCUUUCAAUCGUAUGUAUUACAGCUCUGUAAAUUUUGAAAAUUAUUUAUACUGAUAAAAAGUCAACAGACCUCUUUUCUGGACUCGUUCUAUGUCUAAGAAUGUUGCCAUAUAGUGUAUUUAGGAUUAGUUCCACUAUAUUUGAGAGAAUUUGUAACUUAAUUGACUUCUAAUAUCAACAAUACAGUUUUGUAUUAUGUAUACGCUACUCGGAAAAGAAACAAUUAAUGUGAUGUGCGUCGAGCACUUUAAACAAUUUCUACUUUUGUAUUCUAUUUGUUUCUCCUAGUCUUCUAUCAGGUUACCUUCUGUGUUAUAAGGCCAACUGGGUCCUACUUGCCGCACAAUGUUGUGAUAAGUCGGCUAAGCUUCGAAAUAAACAGUAUC